CUUCAACAUAUGUGGGCGGCAUCUACACAGAAACGGUGUGGGAAUUAUGCGCCGCUCUGACUAUCUCUGCGUCAAAAAUAGAGAAUCAAACGAAACACGGCAGCAUUUCUCGACUGUGAUAGGCUGAGUUUGGUGAAGUAGGCGGGAUGAUUUUCUGCUGUCAGUGAAGUGCUCUGUACGAGAAGGUAGAAUAGACUUCGAUCAGCGACAUUCACGACAACAAUUAACAAACGGAUUUAAAAAAAGAGAAAACAUAGGGAUAAUGGACCUAAGCUUGCAUGACGCUCUCACGGACGGGGCGCCUAAAUCAGGACCGGACAGCCUGGUGAGGAGGGACUUCAUGGCCUCCCUUGAGAAAGAAACUUUUGAUGACAAAGUGGGCGAGACUGUAGGAAAGACUGACUACCGCCCUCUGCUGGACGGAAAGGAUGGGAAAGGAUCCAGUAUGAUGCCAGGAGGACAGAUGGGGACGAGGAUGCCGUGGCAGGAACCAAUGGGAGAAAAGCAUCCCUGUCCAACUGGACAACAGUCUGCCGUCAAUUCUGACUACCUUUCAGGUCCAGUGUCUAGUAUGAUGGGGAUACCUGGUGAUCAGUGGGGGAACCAGAACAAAGGAAUGAAGGACAGCAACAUACCAGAUUCUCUCAUGGGUUUCUCCCAGCCAGGGAUGAUGAAUAUGAACAUGGGUUCAGGAGGUAUGGGGGGCAUGGCUCCAUUCCAGACAGGCAUGCCUCCUAUGGGCAACUCUCAGAAAGCUUCUCCUCUGUUUGCCUCUGAGCCCCACAAACAGUCCCAAUCCCAGGCCCCCUUUAAGCCCAACGACUCAUACCCCUCUGCCCCGGGCCACAACACCCAGUCCCAGGACAACUCUGCAGUUUGGACAAACCCAAACCCCUUGGCAGUUGGUGAGUCCGGGCUGCAAGCCUCAGAGGGUCUCAGCCUCUCCCCCAGCGAUUCAGUGGAGGAGAGCCCCAACUCUGACCCCCUCAGCCCCCACGGCCAGGAGACUGGCUCUGGGGACGAGAGGGGGACCGAGGGGGUCAACAGCGGCAGCAUGCAGCAGAAGAGGAAGAAGAAGAAAAGGAGGCCCAGAGAGGAGGUGUAUGACUUCAUGGACAGGGAAGAGGCUCCGGACUCCUCGAAGGAGGAGGAGGGCGAGACAGAGAGCGGAGCCUCGGACUGCCCGCUGAGUCUGUCCUCCCCGAGCAAGGAGGAGAGCUGGGAGUGUGAGAUCCGAGGGAGGGGAGGGGGUAGGGUCAGGGGCAGGAAGAAUAAGAGCAGGAUGAAGCUGCCAGAGGAGUGGGGGCCAACACCCCAGGAGCCCACGACACCCCAUGCCACCCCAGCCUCGGUGUCUGCAAUGGUGAUGGCCUCCGGUCCGUUAAGCUCAACCCUAGAGAACAUCUCCUCCCUCAUAGCCGACCCCCAGACUAACCCCUUUAGCAGUUUUAUAGAGGACACCAAACCCUCUCACACCUCCACUUCGCCACCACUCACUGAGAACCCCAAACCAAGUCACAUCCUCAACAAGGACCCUGCCUUAACAGACACUUCCACUAGUAACUUGAACAUGUUUGAGCAACCUUCUCCAGCCAAGGUAAACAUGGAGUGGGAGGCUGAGGCUCCUGUUAAAAACACUGCCUCUGCUCCCCUCCAUUAUGAACCUAUGUGUAUUGAUGACUUCAAAAUGCCCCCUCCCGUAGCCACUAAAGAUGUCCUACCCCCCAACAAGGAGGAGGCAGCUCUGUCUUUCACUGACAAAGACUCAUCUGAUCAUUGUCGUCGUGAGGCCAACGCAUCUAUUACUGACCAGAGGCAACUGGGUCCUAAGAGCUCCCCAGGCUUCAGCCCCCAGGUCUCACAGACCUCUUUUCUAGACUCUGUCCUGCAGACCCCCUCAGCCAGCACCCCUGCUUCACAGCCACAGGCCCAGUCUCAGACCACCACACCCCAGGGCCUUCCUCCAAACACCACCACCUCCUCCUCUUUCCAGUGCACUUCUCCUCCACUGCUUAGCCACUCCUCCCAGCCUGAUCAUGACACUCACAGUCCCCGCCCUGCAGUGUGCUCAGGCCUCAACCCUGCAGCCCCGCCCUUUAUCCCCACUACACUGCCACUCACAGAGCACCAGGAGCCACCGCUGCCAGAGCCCCCCCUGCUGGAAGUGAAAGCAGAAAAUAAGGACAAACAAGAGAAGGCUGAUUUCUUCCCCAAGAUGGAUAACUUGAACAUGUUUGAUAAGACCGAGAAGUCGGACAAGAUGGAGAAGAUGGAGAAUAAAGAGAAAAAAGAUCAAUCUAAGAAAGUCAAUGCUGACAAGACAAACAAAUCUGAGAUCCUCAAAGAUGAAGAGAGGAUUGACAAGACAGAGAAAAAUGUUAAAAAUGAAAAAGUGGACAAGCCAGAGAAGACCAACAAAGAUGAAAAGAUGGAGAAGAAAGCAAAUGGAGAGAACACGGACAAGAUGGUUAAAGUUGAGAAGAAUGAAAAGAAAGGUACUGCAAAGUCCCCAACAACCAUCAGAAGCAAACAGGACCUCACCAGCCCAGACAGUAAGGCCAAGCCUGCUGUUGGGUCAACCAAACCAAACUCUGUCAAAACACGGCCCACCUCUCUGUCCACUGGGGAUGCAGCUGCCCCCCUAAAACGUUCCGCCCCCACCUCCAGCUCUGCCAAUAAAAAAAGUCCUGUUACCAAGGCAACCACUCCCACUGCUGGCACCAAGCGGCCAACUGUCGCUCCCAGUCAAACCCCUACAGCAUCCAAGUCCAAGACUCCGGAAAACGGCACUUCUGACAGACGUCCUCCUGUGCCAAAGGCUAACGGCACGGCCAAUAAGGACAGUUCCUCUACUACCGCCACUACUAAACCUGCUGGGCCACGCCCCUCUGCUAAUGUCCCUUCUCUGCGCCGCAACACAGUUCCCAAGACUGAUAUCAAGCCAGGUGACGUGAAGAAGCCUACUACACUGAAGACAACACCAGCCAAGCCCAGGGUACCUCACACUUCUGCUACUGCUCCAAGCACUCCUGCAACCAACGGGGAGCAACCUCGCAGACGCAUCACCAAACCCCCGGUGCCCAAGCAGACGGCUAUGGAGAGGAAGCCAGCUGUACCCAGAGCUCCUAGGACUCCCAGGCCCAUUAACGCACCCUUGCCAGACCUGAAGAAUGUGCGCUCCAAGAUCGGCUCCACAGACAACAUGAAGUAUCAGUCUACCGGUGGCAAGGUCUCCUCGGCAGGGGGUUCCCAAUCCAAAGACGGCCAGGGCAAGGUUAUGAUAGUCCACAAAAAACUGGACUUCAGCCAUAUCACCUCCCGCUGUGGCUCCAAGGAUAAUAUCAAGCAUGUCCCUGGUGGAGGGAAUGUCCAGAUUCAGCAUAAGAAGGUGGACUUGAGCAAAGUGACCUCCAAGUGUGGCUCUAAGGACAACAUCAAGCACAAGCCAGGUGUGUCCACUACAGGGGGUGGAGAUGUGAAGAUUGAGGCUAAGGCCAAUGGUAAUGGCAAGCCCAAGGUGGGGUCAAUGGACAAUAUUGGCCUUGAGGCAGAGGAUGGACAAAACAAGGCUGGGGGGAUGCAGGAGAAAGCUGAGGGGAAAACAUCUCCCCCUGGUGGACCUCCAGCCACAGGUGCAAGAAGUGUGGCUAAGGAGAACGGACAUAAGGAGGCCACACCUCACCCUAAUCCCUUUGGGGGUGAUGGGCUGCGAGACCCGAUAGGCAUGGGCAUGGACAAACGCAUCCCUGAGACAACAGAUUGAGUCUUACAAGCUGAGCUUUCGCAAGCGUGCACGGGCUCGCACGAACCACGGCGCCGACAUCAUCUCCCGGCCCACCCCGAUUGGCAGCCACCCCUCACCCUCAUCGCAGCACCUCUCUCAGUGUUUCUCUGGGGGUCCGCCAGCUUUCUCCUCCACACCCUCCAGCUCCAACCCAGACCCUCGUCACCCAGACAUGAGGCAGGGGGACAACUACUGAAUGCUAGCAGGACAGGGACUUCUUUAGCACAUUUCAACUUCCUCCAGCACCUUCAUUUGACCUUUUACCUCUCCUUUUACCAUACUGUAUCUAAUAGUCCUAGUCUUCUGGUCUCAGAGGAGCCAGUAUUAAAGUAUAGAGACCAGAGUUCAGAAAGAUAGACAAGCUCUUACUGUACAGUGGGGUUUGGUCUCUUCUGAAUUGCCCUGGGUUAACUUGCUGUGAUAUAAGGGGAGUAGUAUGACCUCAGAGUGAACCUUCUAGAAUCUAGACCCUCAGUGUUCUGUUAUAGUUAUGUCAGCGCAGAAUGAAACGUAUUAUACUGCCUGCUUCUUUUGUUCCAGCCUAUAAUUUAUGUUCUUAUACGUAGUGCCACCUCGAUUAAAAUCACAAACACCUUCAGUGUCACACUGUACAUUUGUACACAUUUUACGUCAGACCAUCACAAUGAGCCAAUGCUAUCUAUGUGACAGGCCUUACCCUAGACGUAACACCUUCCUUACUGUACCUAUCUCUCUGGAUGAGCAUAACUGCCCUUGUACUGUUGGGACCCCAGAUUUCACUUGAGUUGUAUACAGUAUAUUAUACAAUGGCGAUUAGUGAAGCACCCCUUAUUGUGAGCGUGUGGGAUUGUCGUAUCAUCCCAAUGAACAGGGGCUAAUAUGCCACUCCCUCUCUUAACCAAUACAGUAUGUCUAGAUAACCCUUAGUAAACGUGUGAUUCCCCCACAGCGCUCUCUACAACAAGAUACUAGUAGGCUGUUACAAACAGUAGGAUAUUUAACAUCUCUUUCAAAAACUCUGUAUCGUGUUUUCGUAAAUUAUUGUAACAAUGAGCUGAUGUGUUGUUAUGUGGUUUCAUCAUAAUAUACCCUUUUCCUUUUACUGUUACAUCUCUCUGAAAGCAAUACAGUGAGUGGUCUUUGCCGAGGACACAACUUCCCCAUACACACACAUCCCCGCACAUGUGUACAGUACGGUACAGUCAGAGGGAGAGAGAGACAAGCAAACCCCUGCAGGGUCUGUGCACAGAGACUGGAUGCCUGGGACAGGGCAGAAUAGGAAGCAGGAGGCAGCAGAGUGAGGAAAGGCCUAUGAUUGCAGAGUGAGGAAAGGCCUAUGAUUGCAGAGUGAGGAAAGGCCUAUGAUUGCAGAGUGAUGAAAGGCCUAUGAUUGCAGAGUGAUGAAAGGCCUAUGAUUGCAGAGUGAGGAAAGGCCUAUGAUUGCAGAGUGAGGAAAGGCCUAUGAUUGCAGAGUGAGGAAAGGCCUAUGAUUGCAGAGUGAGGAAAGGCCUAUGAUUGCAGAGUGAGGAAAGGCCUAUGAUUGCAGAGUGAGGAAAGGCCUAUGAUUGCAGAGUGAUGAAAGGCCUAUGAUUGCAGAGUGAGGAAAGGCCUAUGAUUGCAGAGUGAUGAAAGGCCUAUGAUUGCAGAGUGAGGAAAGGCCUAUGAUUGCAGAGUGAGGAAAGGCCUAUGAUUGCAGAGUGAUGAAAGGCCUAUGAUUGCAGAGUGAGGAAAGGCCUAUGAUUGCAGAGUGAGGAAAGGCCUAUGAUUGCAGAGUGAUGAAAGGCCUAUGAUUGCAGAGUGAUGAAAGGCCUAUGAUUGCAGAGUGAUGAAAGGCCUAUGAUUGCACCAGGAAAGAUACUCCAAUGCUGUUUGUGUUGUCCCCCAGUGAUCAAGUCUCUGUAGUGUUGGCCAAACCGUUGGGACAGGGAAGACGAAUAGAGAGACGUUUUGAAGGAAAGCAAGAUUGAGAUAGAUACAUUUAACAAUAUAAUCACAAUUUUAAGUCAGUAUCAAGAGAAGUUUGUGACGAACAAAGACAGUCAUAAAUUGAUCUCCAAUGUAACAAUUGUAUAUUUUCAGUCUUCUCAACUACUCCACUGUUAAAUAUGAAUUCAUUUGAAUGGCUGCUUAUGCUAUUGGUUCCACUGUGAAAAGUGACAUUAUUGUGUAACAAUAGCGCACAAUUUCUUAUUGGUGCAGUUUUCUUUCUUUUUUUUUUAACAAAGAAGCGAAUUACUCAGAUUAACUUGCUGUCGGUUUUGUAAAGAGGUUGGCGGAAUUGUAUAACAUUACAUGACUAUGAAUUAGGAUUCAGUGUGUGUGUGUGUGUGUGUGUGUGUGUGUAGUAUGUUGUGAUCAACAUUUAGGCAUGUCUGUGGAGUUUGUCAGAUUAGUGGUAUGUUGCUGGAUCAAGUUCGAGGGCACCCCAUUGCCUUUCAAAUACUGGUAGUUUGGCUCUUAGGGUACAAAAAUGGCACCUCCAACAAGAGGGAUAAGGGCCCCAGAUAUUAAUGUGUACUUGUGCCUUGUAGAUUCUCAAGGCUGAACCACAGAUAGAACCAGAUCUCUCACAGGAUGUCUAAAUCUGAAGCAUCCCUUUAUAGCUUCUUCUCACCACCAGACAUGGUGAUGAUAGGAAGCCCAGUGGCGGGAAGUGGGAGGACAUGGAGCGAGAUGAAACAUGCUAAUUUCCUCAUAGAUGAAACAUCUCAAUACAGUUUUCUGUUCCCAAAACUAACAUCUGUUAAGAACAGAGUACACAAAGUUUUUAAGACUUCACUCUUUCUAAAAUAAAUGGCAUUGCUUAGAAGGAUUACAAGGGCAAAUUGAGUAAUUGCACAAUCGCAACUUCACAGAGUAGGAGUUCUCCAGCGGAAAUAUGCAAAUACAUGCUAGAACGGGCCAAUAGGAUCUCGCUAGUUCGUGCUUAGCUUUGCCCAGCUCUUUGCUUGUUCUGCUCAAUGUGCUUCAUUUGCUCCCAUUGGAAACAUCAUCGGUGGUAUAUAUUGGGUUAGUACAAAUCUGUGGCUGAACUGUAACAGGUGUAUAGUUCCCCAAAAAAUGAUCUUUAUGUCCCACCCUCAAACCCUUUUAUUUUGAGAUAUUGUUAUGUACUGUAAUGAUAUAAUGCUGCUGGAUGUCGGUAAGGUGUCAUUUGAAUUUAUUUGAGUGUGUGCACUGCAGUGGAGGAAAUCAUAGGGAUCAUCAAUGGCUGAGAUAAUCAAAGAGCAAGUUAUCAAAAUAUCGAGAAUGAAAGAAAAAGCACCUUAUGAUAUUUACAAGUAUUCUUUCCCCCCAAGAUUCCCAUGGUUAGUUGAAAAACUGGAAUGAAUGAAGUCUUACACUGAUGAACGCACUUUGAAUGCACAGUGGUAUGUACAUUUUAUGUUUGAGCUCUACAGUAUGUUAGAACUGUUGGCAUGAUUGGAUGAACAGAUUUGUCUUUUAGUCUCCUUGGCGGUAACCUUGCUGGUCACGUUAGUGGACUUUGGUGUCGUGCUUUGGGACGAUGGUCACUCGCUCUGUCUGUUCUCCGUGUGCCUGUUAGACGUCACGUUAGUGGACUUUGGUGUCGUGCUUUGGGACGAUGGUCACUCGCUCUGUCUGUUCUCCGUGUGCCUGUUAGACGUCACGUUAGUUAACACUUCCCUUUCCAACGCGUAACCACUGCUUGCAACACCAUCCUUCCAUCAGUCUUCACACAGUCGUUUGUAAAUAGACAUCCACAUGUUUUUAUCACCACAGGAAAAACAAAUAGGUAUUGAUAUUAGGGUCUUUAUGGAUGUUGACAAAUGUAUUUCACAUCCAUGAACCCAUUUUCAAAGAGAGCGUUUUCUUUCUGGAGUCUGCCUUUUUCAGAAAGGGCUGAAGUACAAGAAUGUUUUUUAAAAUGCAAUGUAUUAAAGAUGCAAGACAUGAAUAUCAUAUGUAUGAACUUUUUGUUUUGUUUUCAAAAUCACAAUAGGACACAUACUAAGGCCUAGAUUCAAUCAGAUCAAGCGUUAACCAGCGAUAGCAGACACCUGCAUAGCAAAUGUUUUGGUGGAGAAGGAAACUGCGUUGGAGCUGUCAAGUUAUUGAGCAGCUGCUCUUGCAAUCAUCAGGAACCCCCCACUCGCAUUAGAAGUUCAGAGUGAGAAUAUGUACACUAUAUAUAUAUAGAAUUACACUCAAAUAAAAAAAUCAUUCAACAAAAUGAGGAUUUCCAUCAUCAUCACAUUCCAGUGUUUGAAGUUGUAAACAAGGCUGCAUGGGAUUUCUGUUAAUAAUUUGACUGUGCAGCCAAUGGCAAUGUCCGCCUUAGGUAUAAGAGAGCCACUUGUGGAUUUGACAGCUCUAACACAGUUCCACCUCAGACACUAUGCGGAUGUCGGCUAAAGCGCCUCUGAUUGAAUAGAGCCCUAAAUCUACAUUUGACUUGACAGUAGGAAUGGUGGUUAGCAUCUCAAUGGUUGGUCAAGGUGUGUUAUUACCAACUCCAACUCUGUAGAGGAAUAAAUUAACACUUUUAUCUGCCUCUUACACUUAGGCCUGUACUCACUAUAUGUUAGAAAUCUACAUGGAAUAAAGAAUAAUCCGGUUUCAUGCUUAUUCUUCCAAAUGUUUUGUGUCACUGGUGAGCUGACCGAGUGCCCAACUUUAAUCCGGAACCAGGCAUUGUGAGGAUAGGUUGAAGGCCAUGCUCCCAAAUGCAGCACCUGACGCACACAGCCCUUGAAUGUCAUCCAGACAUCCCUCCCACAUCCCCCAUGUGAGACUAACAGUAACUGUCUUUUGGCAUGUGUUAUGUAGUGUGCUUCUGUAAAGCAUCAAGGAGCCCAUAGCUGUGCUUCGUCUUCGAGCACACCUGUAGUGUGUAUUAUUCUCCAGUGCACACCAUAAGAGCAUCAAGGAGCCCAUAGCUGUGCUUCGUCUUAGAGCACACCUGUAGUGUGUAUUAUUCUCCAGUGCACACCAUAAGAGCAUGCAGAAGACAAUGGAUUGUAGACAUCUGUCAUAGAUAGGAGUUCAUUGUUUCCCCUUCGAUUUGAGAUGUAAUUUGGUAUGAAAGAUAUGUUCAUUGUGAUUAAUUGGUAUCUAGUGAUGUGAAUAUUAAUCAUGAAAUAAAAGACAAGCAAACGUU